AGGAUCAUUUUCAGAAGAAUUUUCUACUGGCUACCUGCUAGGAGAACUUCUACACAAAUACGGUCUUCAGGAUGACUUUAAUCAAUUUUCACAGAGCAGGGUUGCAAAUGCAAAACGUAACAAUUUUUCUCGCCUGGAGCCCACGCUUCACCUCCUUGGUGUAGAGUUUAAUGAGAAUGUGGCCCAAAAUAUCAUGACAGGACAGCAUGGGGCUGCAACAAAGCUUUUGUAUGAACUGUAUAUUGCUUUAGAAAAAAAGAGAAAGGCAAAGCUCACGGGAGUAGCGAUGGAAGCAAUGAGACCUGCAGCAACUGCAAAGCUUCAGUCUAUUGAAAGUGUUUUGUAUCAAGAGCGUUUGAAAAAUUUAGUGCCACAUCAGGCUGAUUUGCAACUACAGCAGAUUUCAGAGCAUUUUGAAAUAAAAUCUAAGGCAAUAGAAGAUAAAAUAGCUCGUAUACGUAUUGCAGAACGACAGAAAGUUCAGAAGGUCCAAGAGGAACAAAGAGCCCAAGACAUUGAAAAG